ACAGUGCCCCGAGGGCUGAUCACCUGUCCCUGUGUGACAGGCGCCACGGAGAGUUUCAGAAAGCGAGUCUGGCUGAAGCCGCUUCAGGCGGCUGCCGGAGCAUCUGAGGUGGAGUGAUCCCGUCUGCAUCUCCAAUCUGAGCCCUUAGCCGGAAGGAGGCAGCAGGGGAAGGAUCGGGUACAAAUACAGCAGCUGGCCUGGAGGAUGGAUCAGUCAGUUGCUAUUCAGGAGACCCUGGCGGAUGGACAGACCUGCCUGAUCGCGGUACAGGGUAUCCUGGCCAGCGAGGAGAGUGUGGAGAGCCGGCUUCUGGGCCUCGUGCGGACCCAUGGAGAGCAUGCGCUCUUCCUGUACACUCAUCGGCGAAUGGCUAUAACAGCUGAGGAUGUCUGCUUGGAGAGAGUUGUGCCCAUCACAGAAGGAUUUGCAGCAGAAGAAGUUACACCUGACAGUGACCUUCAUAUCAUUGGUUCUGAUGUGACUGUCCAGAUAAGCUCGGAAGAUGCUCAGCUGGUGGUGCGAUUGCCUUUUGGGUCCCAUACACGCAUGUUCCUACAGGAGAUCAGCAGGUGCCGCCCAGCAGUUGUGGGGUCUGAAGACAUGAAUGAGAAUGAAAACAAUCUCGUAGUUAAUCAUAGCUGGAGCCAUAACAGUGAUGAUAAAGCUCCCCCUAGGUACAGUAUAUCUGAAAUCCUCCUGAUCAAAGGAAACGGUGAGAUCGGUUGUGCAUGGCACCUAUGCUUACAGAGUAAAUCCAAGAUGGAUGUAACCACUGAGAUGGUGCGAUCCUCUAGCGGGAUGGUUACAGACAACGCUUGUAUCUUAUCAGAGCAGAAUUUUGGGCUAAGAGAUACUAUAGUUAAAUCUCAACUGGUACUGAAAGAGGAUUCCUAUACCUAUCUCCAGAAUUUCAGGUUUUUUAUUGGAACGUACAAUGUGAAUGGCCAGUCACCCAAAGAGAGCCUCGUGCCUUGGCUGAGCCGUGAUGUUGAGCCUCCGGAUGUUUACUGUGUUGGCUUCCAGGAGCUCGAUCUGAGUAAAGAAGCGUUCUUUUUCAAUGACACACCGAAGGAGGAAGAAUGGUUCAAAGCUGUAACUGAUAGUCUUCACCCAGACGCCAAAUAUGCAAAGGUGAAGCUUGUACGACUUGUUGGGAUGCUGCUGCUGUUAUACGUGAAGGCAGACCAUGCUCUGAAUAUCUCCGAGGUGGAAACUGGGACAGUGGGGACUGGAAUCAUGGGGAGAAUGGGUAACAAAGGUGGAGUUGCUAUACGGUUCAAGUUCCACAACACCAGCGUGUGCAUUGUGAACUCUCACCUCGCAGCUCAUACAGAGGAGUACGAGCGGAGGAACCAAGACUUCAAAGACAUCUGCUCUCGGAUGCAGUUCUGCCAGUCGGAUCCAAACUUGCCUCCCCUUACAAUAAACAAACAUGAUGUCAUCCUGUGGCUCGGGGAUCUCAACUACAGGUUAGAGCCGCUGGGGUUGGAAAAGAUGAAGAUGCACAUUGAAAAGGAGGAGUUUCAAGAUCUUUAUCAAUAUGACCAGUUGAAGAAGCAGAUGGACGCGAAGGCUGUCUUUGAUGGCUUUACAGAGGGAAAGAUUACCUUCCAGCCAACCUACAAAUAUGACACUGGCUGUGAUGACUGGGACACUAGUGAGAAGUGUCGUGCCCCAGCAUGGUGUGAUCGGAUCCUCUGGAAAGGGAAGAAUAUUUCUCAGCUGAGCUAUCGCAGCCACAUGACUUUGAAAAACAGUGACCAUAAGCCAGUGAGCUCCAUUUUUGACAUUGGGGUGAAGGUUGUGAAUGAGGAGCUGUACCGAAAAGCCUUUGAGGAAAUAGUGCGCUCAUUGGAUAAAAUGGAGAAUGCCAGCAUCCCGUCGGUGAUCCUUUCCCAGAGGGAGUUCUUCUUCAAGGAUGUGAAGUACAUGCAACUGCAGGUGGAGACCUUUACUAUCCGUAAUGGACAAGUGCCUUGCCAGUUUGAAUUCAUCAACAAACUGGAUGAAGACAACUACUGCAAAGAGUGGCUGAUUGCAAACCCCAGUAAGGGCUUUCUGUUACCAGAUUCUGAAAUGACUAUCGAAUUGGAACUGUUUGUUAAUAAAUCAACAGCUACACGUUUGAACUCCGGGGAAGAGAAACUCGAAGACAUUCUGAUUUUGCACCUUGACAGGGGGAAGGAUUAUUUCCUGUCUGUGAUGGGAAAUUACCUGCCCAGCUGCUUUGGGUCUCCAAUCCAGACACUGUGUUACAUGAGAGAACCUAUCCGGGACAUGUCAGCAGAGUCCAUUCGAGAACUGACCCUGCUGCCGCUACAGAUGAGUGAUGACAUUUUUCGGGAUGAGAAGCCCCUGGACAUCCCCAAAGAGCUGUGGAUGAUGGUGGAUCAUCUGUACCGCAAUGCUUCCCAGCAGGAAGACCUGUUUCAGCAGCCAGGCCUAAGAUCUGAAUUUGAGCAGAUCCGAGACUGCUUGGAUACAGCAAUGCUCGAUACACUCCUCGGCAGCAACCAUUCAGUAGCUGAGGCCCUGCUGUUGUUCCUGGAAAGCCUGCCAGAGCCUGUUAUCUGCUACAGCCUCUACAACAACUGCUUGCAUUGUGCCAACAAUUACACGUUGAGCCGUCAGGUUGUCUCCAUGCUGCCCAUGUGCCAUAAAAAUGUGUUUAACUAUCUGGUGGCGUUUUUACGGGAACUACUGAGAAAUUCAGGGAAAAACCACUUGGAUGUGAAUAUUCUCGCUAGUAUAUUUGGUGGCUUGUUGCUGCGACCUCCUCCCCAACAUCCCACGCCUGAUGUAACUGAGAAGAGGAAGGCUCAGCAAUUCAUCGAGCAGUUCCUCUUGAGAGAAGGCAACUCUCCAUGAAUUCUAGAUGCAGCUAAUCUGUUUUUUAGAGAAAGCUAUUAAGUUACUGUAAAAAUAUUUUUGUACCGAGCGUAGCACCUUCAGAAUGUUACAGUAUUUUAUUCAGAGUACAAUCUAUUGAUAUUAAAUACAGAUCAGACAUGUAGAACCAGUUUUCACUGUAUUAAGUUGUAAAAAAUAUUGAAUUUCUAAAUAAGUUUGAUAAGACACAGAGCACUGACAUUUUAUACUGUAUUUUAAUUAUUUAACUUGUAUUAAAACCUCAAUUUUAAAGUUC